CCUCCCGUUCUUCCAGGCGGAGCUGUGGAUCAAAGAGCUGAAAUUUGCCCCACGUGGCUCCCUCGGCGGCUGCUGCCUCACUCGAAGGUUUCUCCUUCAGCGGUUGCAGGAGCAGGAACACUCCGUGCAGGAUCUGGUGGAUUUAAAUCUUCGGGUCCCCCUCGAGAAAGAAAUCCCCGUCACGGUGGUCCCCGAAGAGAAAGAAGACGCGAAAUCGGCCGAUGGCGAAGAGGAGUUCCCCGAAAUCACCGAGGAGAUGGAGAAAGAAAUCAAGAACGUGUUCCGAGGCGGGAACCAGGACGAGGUCCUCAGCGAAGCUUUUCGCUUAACGAUCACUCGGAAAGACAUCCAGACCCUCAAUAACCUCAACUGGCUCAACGAUGAGGUAAUCAACUUCUACAUGAAUUUGCUGAUGGAGCGGAGCAAAGAGAAGGGCUUGCCGGCCGUUCACGCUUUCAACACUUUCUUCUUCACCAAAUUAAAAACCGCGGGCUACCAGGCCGUCAAACGGUGGACGAAAAAAGUCGACAUCUUCUCCGUGGAUCUCCUCCUGGUGCCCAUCCACCUCGGGGUUCACUGGUGCCUCGCGGUGAGCGCUUCUCUUUUUCACCCCAUGACGUUUGCCAGCUCAAAUCCGAGUCGAAAGAGGCAGCUGCAAUACCUGAAGCAGGAAAGCCUCGACAAGAAAAGGAAAGAGUUCGACGCCAACGGCUGGGCAAUCGCUCUGCUCAUCAAGAAGAGCCAGGAGAUCCCGCAGCAGAUGAACGGCAGCGACUGCGGGAUGUUCGCCUGCAAAUACGCCGACUGCAUCACCAAAGACAAACCCAUCAACUUCACGCAGGUAAAAGCCCUCCCCGCCCCGACU